AGCUUCUGCAGUUACAGUCCUGAGGUUUACAGGAGACCUGAGAAAUGAUAAGUGAGAAAAACAAGGGGUGAACUGAUCUUACUCUUGUUUUUACAUGCUGUUCUGUAUUAAUGCUGGCUAACUGCAUUUCUAUGAUUACAUAGGUACAACUCUCCUCUUUUGUGGUUUACAGUAGUCAUUUCGUUAUGAUUAAAUGUGUGUACUCUGCCAUUAGACCCUGCUGAGGUCUUCUACCUGCCGUUUCACAGACCAAUGAAUGACAACCACUAACAAGUGAACAAGGGAAGUUGUAAUGUUGUCAUGGAAAUUCAAUGACUUUUUUUUUUGCACAUUGUUUCAUUUGGCUGGCGCAUUUCACUCACUCUGUCCACCAUACUGGCCAAUCCACACACCUUACAGGUAAGUAGGGGUGCUGCCAGGGAUUUUGGGCUGAAGAAAAGAUAACACAUUGGGCCCCACCACCCCAGAAAAUUCUGUUGUAAUAUUUUUUGAGGACCCCUUUCAGGGCCUUGGAAUCGUCCUAUCCCAGCUAGCUUCUAUGGAGGGAGGAGAGUAUGUACACCAGAAAGUACAGAUUCUACUUCAAUUACCUCCUCUAGUUCUGCCCUAGUUAUCAAAAUUUGCAACAUUCACUUUUUAUUUGCUGGAUAAUCCACAUCAGCCAUUAUAAGCACAAUUAAUAAUGUGACCAGAAGUUGAUCUUAAAAUAAAAUUUGGGUUUGACAGCCAAGAGCAGAAGCAGCUGAAUAUUUUUAAGAAUUUAAGGCUUGUUCAUUAUAUAUAACACCAGCAGGAAUGCAACCUGAGGCUAUCUACCUAUUUCCAUAAUAUAGCUCAGAUGUUGCAUCCUGCCAGUUAAACCAAUUCAUAAACAAUAAUUUCAUGAUAUUAUUUAAAUAAUUACAUUAAUGGAUUAAGUAGUGCUCUCAAUCAGUGCUAGAGGUCAUAGUUGCUGCUAUACAGUUUUGGUGACCGCUUAGUUUUCAGUUUGCCAGACAAAUAAAAAAUGCUGGCCAUAUGCAUAUUUUGUUUAUAAAACAGUUGUAUGCUUAUAUCAAAAAAUUACGACAAAAUCAUUUGUAUUGUGAACUUUUUUUUAAAUGAGUUAAAUGUCAGGGGCAUGCUGUCGAUAACUAAGACAUAUUAAAAGAUACAGAACAUAUGGCUUUACAGGGACGAUGUGAAGGAAGGCAAUGCAUUAGGGCAGAGUGGUAGAAGGAGGAUAUAGACAAGCAUUCUGAAUAAAAAUUUUAUACUUUAUAUAUUGUGCAUUAUGUAAAAUGAAUUGAGUUUAAUCUGAACAGGAGGUUUCCUCAGAGCAUAUUAUUAUUAAAAUAUAUUGUUUUUAAGAAAAUGUGUAUUAUGAAUGUUAUUAAAACUCACCUUUGAAACCACCUUUUUGGGUGUGUGUUGUGAGGUAGGGCUGGGGGUGCCCACUGCUCACGUGGUGAAUAGACAGGAAGUGACAUGAAAGUAGUGUUGGCUUACCUUUUAUUUGUCCCAAAACACUAAAACAGUAGAAAUCGUCAAGAACAAAAGGAAUGGCCAAACUGGCAACCAAAACCACAAAACACUGGCACAUACCCACCACACUGCAUUCCCCAGCUCCCAAACACCUCUCCUCUAGGCCUGGGAGCCAAGCCUCUUUGAGCUCAUAGUUAGGUAAUAGGCCACAGCUGAUGUAAUUGAUGAACCACAGCUAUGGCCAUACCUGUCUGUAGGGCCGGUGCUGCCCCCUGGCACCACAUUUAUCCCCCCUGGCAACGACAAAGGAGGAGCAGUCUGAAAUGGCAAGGGAGACCCUGCUGGCAGGCCGGUUACAGCAAGCUGCAGGGCCUCCAUGUCUAGAGUGCGUUCAUGGGGCUGGCAAUGGGGUGGUAGCUUUUAGAUGGAAGCCUGAAGAGGACAGGGGACACGGAGCCUCAGGAGGACUCAAAGCAAAAGGAGGCAGCAGGGGCUCCUCAUCCGGAGGGCCUGCUGUGGCAGGAUGUGGGGGCUCCUCAUCUGCAGGGAGCCUCGCGGCAUCAGGAGGUGGCGGCAAGGGAUCCUCUGGAGGGCUCGCCGCUACAGGAGGCGGUGGAGGGGAAGUCUCUGGCAGCUCCACAAGGCAGGGAAGGCAGCAAUUGCCACCCAUCAAGAGGGCCCGCAGCUUUGGCUGCUGGCGAUGGGAGCCACUUAUCCCGAGGGCCCGCGGCUGCUGCUGCUGGCAGCAGGGGCAGUCAGCUGGAGGGCCCGCUGUGGCUCUGUAGGGGAGCCCCUUCUGAAGGGCUCUCUGGGCAAAGUGACUGGGCAGCAGGCUCCAGCUGGACCGAGCAGCGGAGCUGUGGCCUCUGGCGGCACCUCAGGACAGGGAGGCGAAGCUGCUUCUGACAGGUCCACGGUGAGCCUCCGGAAGCCGGAGAGGUGGACGAGUGCCGGUGACAAGACGGCUACGAAACCUUUUUGAGUUUAAGAAUUGUUUGAAAAAGACGAGAGUUUGAAUAAAAUAGCACGGCAGUGCUAAUAACGAAAACGGUUGUCUCCCGUGAGUGUGUUUUUAACCAGGAGGGGUGGCACUCACUUGCCACAGUAGUGGCCCGUGCGGGGGCGUAGUUUAAACACAUUACACAGAGGAGACAACAUGGAGCACAGCCAGGAGCAGGGGGAAACGGCACAACCGAUGGUAGCACUGGCGAGGAUGCUGGAGGGGAUGGCGGCGAUGCAGGAGAGGCAGGCGGCGAUGCACGCCGAACAACUUGAGGCUCUGCGGGCACAGACCUCCCUCCAGACUCAGGCUCUACUGCAGCUGGCGGCUGUGGGAGAAACCAGCUCCCGAGAGCGACAGACCGGACCCCCCGUAGCUCUCCAUCUGCCCAAGAUGACCCCGGAGGACGACGCGGAGGCAUUCCUCGAGGGGUUUGAGGUGGCAGCGAGGGCGAGUCAAUGGCCGGAGGAGGAGUGGGUCGUCCGCCUCCUGCCCCUCUUAACUGGGGAAGCACAACAAGCUGCACACAGCUUACCCCCCACAGCGCGGGCGGUCUACGCCAACCUGAAGAAGGCGGUCCUAGACCGCCUGGGAUACAGCCCGGAAGAGCACCGGCGACGGUUCCGGGAGACGGCCCUGGCAGGAGAGGACCGGCCGUUCGCAUACGACUGCUGGACAUGGCGCGUCGGUGGCUGCGACCGGAACUCCGGUCAGCCGACGGGGUGGUGGAGCUGGUGACCCUUGAACGUUUUAUCGAUGGCCUCCCGGGGGAGACGGCGAAUUGGGUGAGGUGCCAUCGGCCGACCGGGUUGGCGGCCGCCGUCACCCUGGCGGAGGACCACAUGGCGCUCUACCCCCGCAGCCAGUCACAGCAGCAGCAGCAGCAAGGACGGGCAGACUCGGCUCCGCGCAGGAGAGCCCUUCCUCGUUCCCUUCCUCCCCCCCUUUCUUCCUCCCUUCCCCGUGCCCAAACCCCCUCAUUUUCCCGCAACAACCCUUUUUUUUCUGUUUCCCCAGCCCCAGGCUCAGUGGCGGCGGGGUUCGACCCACAGAGAGCUCCUCAGACGCCCGGACCGGGGUGUUGGCGGUGCGGACAACCGGGUCACCUGCGCCGCGAGUGCCCGCUCAUGGAGGUGGGGCAGGUGGUUCGUGUUGUCGGCCCGCCCACCUCCACUCCCAACCCAGACGGAGCGUACUGUAUUCCGGUAAGGAUUCAAGGGAGUGAACACCAGGCGCUGUUGGACUCAGGGGCUAUGCAGACCAUGAUUCGACAAAGCCUGGUUCGACCCGAGGCGUUGUUAGAAGCAUCAAGGGCAUCUAUAAGGUGUGUGCAUGGGGAUUUACACGAGUACCCUAUCGUCUCAGUGGAAAUUCGGUGUCAAGGGAAAAAACAUAAAAUAAAGGCUGCGGUUAGCUCCCGCCUCUCGCACCCUCUGAUUUUAGGCACUGAUUGGCCGGGGUUCCGCCAGGCAGCUGGUAAGGUAGGGGGGGUGCGUUCACGAAGGGUAGGGCUGUGUGAUGUGUGUGCUGCUGUCAGCGGUGACGCAGGGUCGUCCGACGCGGCAGAGGGGGAGCCGGCACCAGUGGAGCCUCCGGGGGAGACUCCGCAGGUACCGGUGUUUCGCCCCAUGGAGGAUUUCCCACUCAAGCAGUCUCGUGAUGACACCCUACGCUUUGCCUUUGACCACGUGAUGUCCAUUGAUGGUCAACAGGUGCGCCCUGAUGCAACACUCACUCACCCGUAUUUUGUAAUAAUUCGGGAUAGGUUAUACAGAGUGUGUCGUGACACACAGACUAAUGAGGAAAUCACCCAAUUGCUGGUGCCUAAAAGCUCUCGGGAAAUUGUUUUUCAGACGGCUCAUUUUAACCCCAUGGCUGGUCAUUUAGGGUAUGAGAAAACACUGAACCGGAUAAUGGCCCGUUUCUAUUGGCCGGGCAUUUGGGCCGACGUGCGUCGGUGGUGUGCGUCGUGCCCUGAAUGCCAACUAGUAAAUUCCCCGGCUAAACCAAAAGCGCAGUUGCGCCCCCUUCCGCUAAUGGAGGUCCCUUUUGAGAGAGUGAGGAUGGACCUCAUCGGGCCAUUUGAUCGGAACACGCAGGGAUACCGUUUCGUGUUAGUUCUGGUGGAUUAUGCGACAAGGUAUCCCGAAGCAGUUCCUUUGCGCAGCAUUUCGGCAAAAAGUGUUGCGCAGGCAUUGUUUCAAAUAAUCUCCUGAGUCGGAAUCCCGAAAGAGAUUCUGACUGACCAGGGCACACAGUUUAUGUCACGCACACUACGUGAGCUGUAAGGGUUAUUGGGCAUUCAAUCUAUUAGAACCAGCGUGUACCAUCCCCAAACGGAUGGGCUGGUUGAACGUUUUAAUAGAACGUUGAAGUCUAUGAUCCGGAAGUUCGUUCAUGAGGAUAGCCGUAAUUGGGAUAAGUGGUUAUCUCCUCUGGUGUUUGCAGUGCGGGAGGUUCCCCAGGCCUCCACGGGAUUUUCUCCCUUUGAACUACUGUUCGGUAGGAAACCCCGGGGGAUAUUGGACCUAGUUAAAGAAAACUGGGAGGAGGGUCCGAGUCCUAGUAAAAAUGAAUUACAAUACGUGCUGGACCUGCGAGCAAAACUCCAUACAUUGGGUAAGUUGUCACGGGAGAAUUUGCUCGAGGCGCAGGCACGUCAGCAACAGCACUACGACAGAGGAGCUAAACUACGGCAAUUUUCACCGGGAGAUAAAGUUCUUGUGUUACUCCCUACCUCUAGUUCUAAAUUACUCGCCAAGUGGCAAGGGCCCUUUGCGGUCACACGGCGAGUGGGGGAGGUUGACUAUGAGGUAGAGCGUACUGAUAGAGAGGGGGCAAAACAGAUUUAUCACCUCAAUCUCCUGAAAGCGUGGAAGGAGGUGGUGGCUGUCUCUCUGGUUACGGUGGAUAAGGAGAGAGAUGAGCUGGGGCCGGAGGUACCAAAUUCACCCAAUCAGAUCUCAACCCUUUCAGAUGACCAUCUCUCACCGAAUCAGAGAGCAGACCUUGCCUUGUUGCAAAAGCGUUUUGCUGAUGUGUUUUCCCCCAUACCAGGACGCACGCACCUCAUACACCACCGCAUUGACACUUCCCCGGGGGUGACGGUGCGGACCCGCCCCUAUAGGUUGCCGGAACACAAAAAGAAAUUGGUUCAGGCAGAGAUAAAGGCAAU